GUCUGGCACGAAGGAUAUUGUUGUAUAGUUAACAUUACGUCAUUGGACGACGAGAUUACGAGAGAUUGCACCACGACAUGCAACUCAAAACAAGUUACGUCAUGGUAUAUUUUGGCCGUCAGGGAUUGCACCACGAAGUGCAACUCGAAGAAAAACCUUAUGAUUGGACAAAUAAUAACAAGAACCCCUUUUCCUAUUGGACGUUUGCUUUGCUGGAACUUUUAUUGGAUGUUUAGAUUUAUUGCACCAUCUAUUGUUUAAUCUUAUAUAAAUUUGAGCUUUUAGUUUAGAGAUUUAGAGGAGUUGUAAUUUAGACGCUAGUUUGACGCUGAUGAAGAUAAAGAUAAAGACCAGGCCGUCGCCGUUUCUCUCUCUGACGUUCUCCUGCCGCCGCUAAAGUAAAGAUUCAGAAGCAAGGUCGUAAGUUAAAGCCCUGAAUUUUAUUGGUAUCUGUUAAAGUAGUAAGAACUCACGCAAUUUCAUGUUAUACUUAACACUGUCGUUCAACCUCAAGUAUAACAAUAUUCCAGGGGGUAUCAGACAAAUGUAUGCUUUUUCCAGGGGGUUGAAAGAAGAAAAUAUAUGAAGUUUUCCAAGCAGUAUUAAAAAAUGUACGAUGUUUUCUCAAAUGGGUUAAGAAAAUUCAUUAAAAUGAAUGAUAUGAAUUUUCCGGGGAGUUGAAAGAAUCAAAAUCAGAGUGGUCAUGAUUUUCAAAUUCACUUUCUGGGGGAUAUAUGAUUAGCAAAAAUUUUACUUCCAUCCCCCUGUAUGGAGAAAAAAUGGAAUAGCCCCUAGCGUCUUCAAAUGUUUCAGGGUAUGUGAAAAAUACUUGGGUACAGUGGCGUACCCAAGGGGGGGAAUAGGGGGGUACGGACCCCCCCCCACUUUUCUAAAAUAUAAUCCUCGAGAUUUGUCCAAAAACGCUGUAAAACUCAUUGGGGGGGGGUGUGUAGUUUACUGUAUGCUUGUGUCAAUAACAAUUGUAAAAUACUUUGCUAAUUACUGUAUUUAACAUGAAUCAAUUAAUGGCGGAAAAUUUUGCAAAAAGGGCGUUUCCCCGCAUUUGCGAGUGUUUUAAAGGCGUGGUCCAAAAAAAUUUCUGGGGACUUCGCCCCAGACCCCCUCACUACUCCGGCCCUGGGUACGCCACUGCUUGGGCACAGACAAAUACGAAAAAUGUUAAACGCUUUUCAUGAAAAUAUGCAGUCAAUAGAUUUUUAAAAGUUUUCGGAUUUACACAAUUGCUUGCUGUGAAACAGAAUGAGAAGCAUGAGAAACAGCGAUUUCUAGCAAUGUAUCCUUUUUUCUUGUUAGCAAGUAAUUGGCUUUUUGUGUUUCUGGACGUUUUGCAACGCGGCCGCGUCUUUGCGCUUUAUUUCAUUGCGGAUUGCGGAUUUUGGCUGAUUUUUGCACGGUUUGGCGGCUUCAGGACCCCCUAUAAUAGGCCCCCUUUUAAGAUAAGUCUGAAAAUCUGACUGUCUUACGUGCGAACGGUGAGACAGUCUGGAUCCCUGACCCAAACUAUAUAUUCUAGACCAAAAGUAAUCGCAAUACCUACUCGUGUAAAUGAUUUUUUUCCGAAUAAGCUCGAAAACAAUAUUGAAACAAUAUAAACAAUAUAAAACAAUAUUUUUGACAACGUAAACAUUGCCAAGUGCCUAGGCCAGUGCCUGUACGAAUGCCGCAGCCAGAAAAUUUUUGUUAAAAAUAUUAAAACCCCAUUUACCAAAACAAUUUAUAGCUUGAAACCUUCGAAAUGAUUAUGGCAAGCUGAUACAGUAUAGCUGAUCUUUCAAAUUUAUGCCAAUUUUCGAAAAUAUUGAUUAUCCUUCGUCCGCGUUGCAAUUUCCCAUACUGAGCCCUUAUUAUAUCCGUGAUAUUCUUUUUGCCAGUAUUUUCCUUUGAGUGAUUCUAGCGCCUUCGGCGCCUAUUAUUGUGAACUUGUGAACCACUGAGCUGAGUGAGGGAGAGGCUGGACGUUCCGCCAUUGCUUCUUGAGAGUUCUUGUGAAUAACAAAAUAGAAGAACAUAGUCGAAUAUAUAUCAAUGAAUAUAAUUGAUUCCAAAAUAGACAUCGAAGAUGAAAAUGAUGUUGGUUUACUUGAGGGAGGUCAAACAUGCCUCGGUGAAGCGACAGACGUUGAAAGAGUUCUUGAUUCCAAAUGUCCUUGCCUGAGAUCGAAAUGUUUCCAUUUUUCGUGGACAUUUUUUUUAUAUGGAAUAACUGCUUUGGGACUGGUAUUUUUCUGCCGUCAAUACUUGAAAACCUUCCUUGCGUGGUUACAGCAUCUGGACAAAUGGAUAUCUGGAAUGAUUUUUGUGAUAAUGUUUACUGUGGUUUCUUUCCCUAUGACAUGGGGCUAUAUUGUUUUAAAUCUUGCAGCAGGCUAUAUUUAUGGAUUUAUUGCGGGAUUGGUCACGGUUAGUUUUUCAGUUGCUUUUGGUGUCACAGCUUCAGUCAUUAUUUGUAGGAAGUUUCUUAGAAGUUUUGUUCAAUCGAAAUUGCAAUCAUCUCACCUCAAAGCAAUUAUUCAGGUUAUUGAGAGUAGGAGAGGGUUCAAAGUCGUCCUGCUGACACGCCUUACACCAAUUCCGUUUGGACUGCAGAACGGGCUAUUUGCGAUAACAAACAUCAGUAUAUCGCGGUUAUCAAUGGCAUCUGCGAUUGGGCUACUGCCAACUCAAGCUCUGAAUUCUUACAUUGGUUCAACACUAAGAACUAUAAAUGAUGUGGUAAAUCAAGAAAAGUCAAAAGGUUACCUCAUCAUCUUUUUUCAAGUUAUGAUUAGCUUGUGCCUUAUGUGGUAUGUAAUUAAAAGAGCAAGAUAUGAGCUCAACAAAGUAUGUCUUCCAGAGUCAACAAGAUGUUUAUUAACGGCACAAAAUGGUAUACAAUCCAAUUCUCCAGUGAUGAAUGGCUUCCGACAUUCUAGUUCUACGCUUGAACAGUAUGAUUUGGUUUCAGAUGUAGAGGUUUUGCGAGAGAAAGAUGAAAGUAAACCUGGACAUAAACGAGCAAAGUCUGCAUCUGCUAUUCUUAUUGAUACUGUUGAAAAGUAAAAUUACAUAUGAUGCGCAAAAUCGUUGAAAAGUAAUAUUACACAUGAUAUGGAAAAUUUACGUCAGUUUUUAAUUAAUUGCUGAUUUAUUUUCUACAGAACAACAAAAUAUUCAAAUUCAAUAUUUAACCAUGUGCUUAUCAAUCUUGCAGUGCUUGCUGUAAUUUGCGAUUUAACGCCGAAAGUUAGUACAAAAUGUUGUUACGCGUGCUAUACCAUUGAUUGAUGUAGAUCGUUUGAAUUGGGGGUAAUCGAAUGCUUUUGUCUAUAGGAGAAAUGUUUUUUGAUGAAGCUGAAAUGAUAUGUUUCGAAAUGAUAAAGUCCAUGUUUUUCCACCUUGUACCUACUAAUCAAAAAGUGGUCUUUCAACAAUAAGAUUAGGGCUAUUACCAAUGCCAAGUUUCUUAACAAUUACUUUGUAGGGUCGAGUUUUAUUUGUGAAAAUUCAGCAUACACGUGCACUGCCUUUCACACUUAAUUCAUUUCACAGUACCUCCUAUGACGCUUAAUAUUUGCAGAAUUCUCGCGGUUCUUGGUCUAAUCGUAAGUGCCCACAGGCCACGCGUGUUCUCAUUUGAAUAGGUUAUAACAAAAAUACCUUAACGAAAACGUUUUGAAAUUCAGCGUGGCUAAAUAUUUACAUAGAAAGAGUAGCAAGAAAAGGUUAAAGCAUGAGGUACUUACUGAAGAAAGAGACACAAAACCCUAAGAAGAUAACUAAUGAGUAUGAAGGUGUAGUUAUAAGGAACAAUUAAUUAUUCAAGGGACAACUCCCGUCGAGGGGCGAUUCACUCUUGCAAAUAGCGUACGAGAUUUUGCCUAAAACAAAAGGAUUUUUGAGAAUUUUCAGAUAAAACAAUAGGAUUUUCACGAAAGCUGUACGAGAUUUUCUUAGAGUGAUUUGCCCCUCGACUCACGUAACAAACAAAUAAAACCAACGUUUCAUCGUUAUGGUUCUAGCUACCUCAAUUACACGUUUAAACACUAAUUGCUGGCGAACAUAAAACUUGCAUUUUUGGUGUAAUGUCAUAAAAACAUAUAUUUAUCUCAGAUCCGCUCAUUUAUCGCUACAGUUUAGUUCCAAAUGCUUGUUUGUAUAAAUUCACACAGGUCCACGCUCUACAGGACCUAUUCUUCAUUUAAUAAACUUUGUGGAUCAUUUAUGCUAUUUUUGUAAUUGAUGAUUCAUUGUUAGUAUCGUAUUUGAUGAUUUAUUGUUAGUUUCGUAAUUGUUCUUGUGAAUACGUUUUUAACAUGCACAAUUAUCUGAAA